AUCAUGUUCCGUAAGAAGAAGAAGAAACGCCCGGAGAUCUCAGCCCCACAGAACUUUGAGCACCGUGUCCACACCUCAUUUGACCCAAAGGAGGGCAAAUUUGUGGGCCUGCCACCUCAAUGGCAGAAUAUUCUGGACACACUGAGGCGCCCCAAGCCAGUGGUAGACCCUUCAAGGAUCACAAGGAUGCAGCUCCAGCCUAUGAAGACCGUGGUGCGGGGCAGUACUGUUGAAGUGGAAGGCUACAUCUCUGGGUUGCUCAAUGACAUCCAGAAGCUUUCUGCCAUCAGCUCGAACACUCUGAGGGGCAGGAGCCCUACCAGCAGGAGGAGAGCCCAGUCCCUUGGGCUCCUGGGAGAUGAGAGACCUCCAGACAUGUACCUUCAGAGUCCUGAAGGAGACUGGGCAGACAAGUAUGGGAACUACCUCAACUGCAAUGGUGGGUCCAAGGUGGCCCGGAGGCAGACCAUGUGGCCAGAUUACAAAUCCCGCCUGGAAGGGCAGCCUCAUCCCAACGGGAUGGUGACAAAAGCCCAGUCCCUGGGGCCAUCGGAGUUCCAGGGUGCCGAUGGCAGCUGUCUGCAGCACACCUCUGGGCUGCAGCACGUGCCUGCUGUGCCGGGGGAGAGCGAGAUGGCAAUGAAGAGCCCGGAAGAGGGCUGGCUUCAGCGACAGCCCAACGCCAGGCCCUCGGGGGAAGGCAGCCCCAACUCCAAAUCACGAGACAACAGCCUGAAGAGGAGGCUCUUGCGCAGCAUGUUCCCCUCCUCCAGCACAUCAAACAAGCCAGGUCCUCCCUUGCAGAUCAAGUCUAAUGCUUUCUUCAAGCCCCAGCAGUGGGGUUCCCCCCACAGCCCUGCAGCCAAAGCCCAGUCUCUCCCCCCAGACCAACCUGCCUCCGAGUUCCCCAGGAUGAUCUCUGAAGCUGGGACCCCCCAGAAGUCCCCAACAGCAGAGAAGGCUGUGGCAGUGCCACCAGGCCGACCCUCCCCAGCGGGGUCCCCCAGGAACCGGCAGACCCAGACCAGUUCCAGCAACCUCCACCUGCCCCAGGACUCUGCUGGGAAGGGGCAGCCAGCCAGCGAGGACCCUGUGGUCGUGACUCACGAGCAGUUCAAAGCUGCCCUCAGGAUGGUUGUGGACCAGGGAGAUCCCAGGGCAUUGCUGGAGAAUUACAUCAAGAUUGGGGAAGGCUCCACAGGAAUCGUAUGCAUCGCUCGGGAGAAGCACUCAGGGCGCCAAGUGGCUGUGAAAAUGAUGGAUCUGAGGAAACAGCAGCGCCGGGAGCUCCUCUUCAAUGAGGUGGUGAUAAUGAGGGACUAUCAACACGUCAAUGUCGUGGAGAUGUACAAGAGCUACCUUGUGGGAGAGGAGCUCUGGGUGCUGAUGGAGUUUCUGCAGGGAGGAGCCCUCACAGACAUCGUGUCUCAGAUCAGACUGAACGAGGAGCAGAUUGCCACAGUGUGUGAGUCGGUGCUGCAGGCUCUGUCCUAUCUCCACUCUCAGGGGGUCAUUCACCGAGACAUCAAGAGCGACUCCAUUCUUCUGACUUUGGAUGGCAGGGUCAAACUCUCUGAUUUUGGCUUCUGUGCUCAGAUCAGCAAAGAUGUACCUAAAAGAAAAUCCCUGGUAGGUACUCCUUAUUGGAUGGCUCCAGAAGUCAUUGCAAGGAUACCGUACACCACUGAGGUGGAUAUCUGGUCCUUGGGGAUCAUGGUGAUAGAGAUGGUAGAUGGAGAACCCCCCUACUUCAGUGAUUCUCCAGUCCAGGCAAUGAAGAGACUCCGUGACAGCCCUCCUCCCAAACUGAAAAACUUCCACAGGACCUCCCCAGUUCUGAGAGACUUCUUGGAAAGGAUGUUGACACGGGAUCCAUUGGAAAGAGCAACAGCACAAGAACUUCUGGAUCACCCCUUUUUGCUCCAGACAGGACUUCCAGAAUGCUUGGUGCCCCUUAUCCAACAGUACAGGAAGCGCACCUCCACCUGCUGA